UGCAGUUCCAUUCGGAAACGUAAUUCCUCCCCGCCACCAGACCAGUUUCCGCCCUUCCGAGAGAAAAUACUUAGCAUGUGAUUCAUUGACGACAACAGGAAAGUUUAAAUAUAGCCUACAAAAAGAAUACAAUCGGGGUUAACUUUUGCGUUAUCGCGGAUUCUACGCUGGAAAACCGGAUAGACGUCGGUCGCAGUGGUCAGGAGAUGGUUGAAAUGAGGAUGAGCUGAACUCGAGCUGGUGCAGUUACGGUCCCUCCGCUGAAAGCUCGACGGCAUCAUCAUAAUUCCUUAUCUAAGUGGGACGAGCAAAAAGAACAUGACGUUUUAAUAGAUGGGUUAGCUGGAAAUGUCACGAAAACAAAUGUGCACGUUUCUAUGGGGGGCAGAAGUCAGUGUGUUGUUGUGAUUCUGGAUGGCCAGAUUGCUUGCAAGAAUGAGAAGUGCCAUGUGGGGAAUCCACUGGUGGUUUCUUGAGGAAUUACAAGAGUUUCGCAAGUGAGAUCGUCACAGCUUCACUAUGGCUCGCGGCUGCCUCUGCUGCGUCAAAUACAUGCUGUUCCUUUUCAACCUGCUCUUCUGGUUGGGGGGCUGUGGUUUGUUGGGUGUGGGAGUGUGGUUGUCUGUGUCCCAGGGCAGCUUUGCCACCCUAUCACCAUCCUUCCCCUCCAUCUCUGCUGCCAACCUCAUCAUCACCCUGGGUGCUGUCAUCAUGGUUACAGGCUUCCUGGGUUGUCUGGGUGCCAUCAAGGAGAACAAGUGUCUGCUGCUGAGUUUUUUCAUCACGUUGUUGGUUAUUCUGUUGGUGGAGCUGAUCCUACUCAUCCUGUUCUUCGUAUACACAGACAAUGUGAGUGAGAACGCCAGACAGGACCUGAAAGAGGGACUUACUCUGUACAGCACCAACAACAACGCGGGCCUCCGCAAUGCCUGGAACACCAUACAGACAGAGUGGCAUUGUUGUGGGGUGAAUGUGUACACAGACUGGCACACUGCCCUGCAGGAGAAGGUGGUUCCUGACCACUGCUGCCAGAAUAUCUACCAGGACUGUGGGCGCAAUGCCACCAAUCAGUUCUGGACACAGGGUUGCUAUGAGAAGGUGGAGGAGUGGCUGGAUGACAAUAAACACCUGCUGGGAACCAUUGCCAUGUGUGUUCUGGUCAUACAGCUCCUGGGUAUGGCCUUCUCCAUGACUUUGUACCAGCAGAUCCACCGAUCCGGGAAGAAGUACGAAGCUUAGAACACAAAUACACAGUUUGAGACCCAUUACUUGUAUACAAAAUUAUACUCUAAAAAGACACACACAUGUCACAAAACAGCUUUUUAUUUUGUGUUUUGUAUUUACACACCCUUGUAUCAUUUUGUGCACAAAGGCAAUAUUGUUUUUUAAUUAUCAUCUUUAUCAUUAUAAUCAGUGUUCUUGGCCGGGAUUCAAUCCAACCGCGGUUUGUCAACAAUGCACCGUAAAUGGGUUAUUCCACAAAUAAAGUGCACAUUUUUUGUGAAGAAUCAACAACAAGUGGGACACAAUCAUGAAGUGGAACGACAUUUAUUGGAUAUUUCAAACUUUAACAAAUCAAAAACUGAAAAAUUGGGCGUCAUACACGUUCCCCAUAGAUUGGAUUUGUUAAAACAUUUCUAGCCAAACGUGUUGUGAGACUUGCAUUUAUUUUCCCCUCCCUGUUGCACACAAGUGUCCAUUCCCCCUGUCACAAGUGUCCAUUCCCCCUGUCACAAGUGUCCAUUCCCCCUGUCACAAGUGUCCAUUCCCCCUGUCACAAGUGUCCAUUCCCCCUGUCACAAGUGGAUUUAUGGCUGAUUUCAGAUGAAAACCUCAACCCUUAUAUGGUCAACCCUGUUACUUUAAAGACACUUAGUCAUUUUUUUAUUCAACCGCUUAUGUGAAAUUAGUUUGUUUUGACCAGUUUUAACUGCCCAAAGUGUUAUCAUUUUGUGGAAGGACCCAAAUGCUACAUAUAGCUUAAUCAGAAAUUCCCUUUAAAAGCUGAAUUGUCGACAACCUGCAGUCGGAUUGAAUCCUGGCCCAAGUUCAGUUAUGGGGGGACUAAGGUGGGGGAGGAAGGGGGGUUGGAUUGUGUGUAUGGGAAUAGGGACACCCCUCAGUCAUCCAGAAUAGAAUGGCUUGAACACAAAAUAGAGUAAUGGGAAAGAGGUUCGAUUUCAUGCCUUAGAAAUCCUUAAACGGAUUACAUUUAUAUUGUAUGGAUUUAUUAUUGUAAAACCAGUUACUGUCAUGUGUUCAAUAAAAGUUAAGCUUAUUCUGUCAAAA